AUGACAACAGGAAAUCAAUAUCCAAGCUCAAGUAGUAAUAAUAUAGCAUCCACAAGCUCAAGAACGAGAAACAGUGGUCAACUAAGAAGAAGUCAAACAGUUUUUGAUAUUGGAACAAUAGCAAGAAAAUUCCCAUGGUUACCAGUUUGGACUUUGCUUAUAAAUUGUAUAACCCUUGGUUUUUCAAUUGUAUUUAUUUGUUUGUUUUGGAAACGAGAAUGCGCUGUUUCACUCAUAUUCCUCUUUUUAUAUUGUUUUAUCUUUUUGAUUAAUUGUUUUUAUGGUUUUGUUUAUUUUUUUAAAUUCACUGGAACUAUAGAACUAUCAAAGAGAAAUAACAAUAUUUUAUUAAUCUCAUUGAUAAUUUUCAUUUGUGUUUCGGUUGUAGUUUUUAUACUAACAAUAUUUGUAAAAGAAACAGGUUCAUGUAUAUAUGUAAAAAAUAGAAUAUCUGUAUCAAUUUUAGUUUUAAUUAGAGCAAACUCAAUUUUAGAUUUGAUUUUUUUAGGUGGUUUACUAUUUUUCAAUAUUGUUUUAAUGUGUUCAUACUCUGCAAAUAAAAGAAAAAGAGAAAAUCAAAAUCAAACAGUUGAUUUAGAAAAACCAAUCGAAAGUAACUAUCAUUCAAAAGACUCUAUUGGCAACUAUCCAUUACCACCACCACCACUUUAUUUAAUGGAACAGAGUGUAGGUCCACGUGGCCAUACCUAUUCUGGUUUACCUCCACCACCUCCACCCUCAUCUACCCAUCCUCAAUAUAUAAAUAACAAUCAAGAACUUCAAAGUAACAUUAAUGGUUUACCACCACCACCACCAUAUCCAGGAAACUAA